GCUCUCUUCGGAUCGGACGCUCUCCAGAAAACCCUGGAGUUGGCGGCACUGUGAUCCCCGGACUCCAGCCCUGGUGGCGGCCAUGGAACGGGACAGCUAUCUGUGAUUGCUGUCUCCUGUGCACUGUACCGAGGAGAAAUCACCAGCCUGUUUGGUUUAACAGCUGCAUCGACUUUGACUGAUGCACAAUCAGACUGGCUCUGCCAAACAGCAGCCUCCUUCCCAACCCUUAUGCCGCGUGAGCCAGUCAACCCAUCGCCACCCCGACUGCACGUCCACGAGAAAGGGUCCGUGGGAGCAACUUCAUGCCGUGCGCUCCAGAGUCUGGACUGGCUCCACCAGGAUACGCGGCUUGUGACAACACAAUGUCCCCAGCGGCAAGGUGCAAGGUCUCGUCGUGCAUGGGCCAGAAGAGGCUGGCGCUGAUCCUUUGCAUCUCCUUUCUGAUAGUCCUGCUCAUUGCCCUCAUCCUGCUCUUCCUGUUCUGGCGGUCGAACACCGACUUUCUGUACAAGGAGCCGGCUGAGAGCUGCAGCCACCAAGCCGUGCGCUGCGACGGGGUGAUCGACUGCUCCCGGAAGAGCGAUGAGCUGGACUGUGUGCGAUUUAGGUGGGAUCAGUCUCUGCUCCACAUCUACUCCAGCACCGAGAAUCAGUGGCUGCCUGUCUGCAGCAAUGCCUGGAACGACUCCUUCUCCAGGAAGACCUGCCAGCAACUGGGAUUUCAAAGCAUGUCUCACACGGAGUACGUGCCAGCCUCCUUCCCUGGCAAAAGCCUCACUGUCACCAAGGAGCAUCCCACGAUCCAGCAGAGUCUCAACAGCUCCAAGUGUCCCACGGGAAAAUACGUCUCCCUCCGAUGCACAAGCUGUGGACAGAGGACUUCUGGCCGGAUCAUUGGGGGGAACGAAGCUUCGGCGAGUAAGUGGCCCUGGCAAGUUAGUCUCCAGUAUGGGCUGAGCCACAUCUGCGGGGGGACAGUCAUUGAUACCCAGUGGGUGCUGACAGCUGCCCACUGCUUCUUCAUGAACAGCGUGAAGAUCCUCAACGAGUGGAAAGUGUACGCUGGGGCCUCCGACCUGUUCCAUCCUGCCAAGGGCAUCCCCACCGCCCAGAUCAUCAUCCACUCCAACUACAGCGACGACCACGACGACUACGACAUCGCUCUGGUGAAACUCGCCACGCCCUUAACGAUAUCAGGGCAGGUCCGCCCCGCUUGUCUCCCGAUGUCUGGCCAGACGUUCCGGGCUGGGAGGACGUGCUUCAUCACUGGCUUUGGCAAAACCAGUGAGGACGAAGAGAACACCUCCCCAAAGCUGCGGGAGGCGGAAGUGAGCCUGAUCGACUACAAGAUCUGCAACAGCAGUAGCGUGUACGAAGGCGAGCUGACCCCCCGCAUGAUGUGUGCAGGGUACUUGCAAGGAGGGAGGGACUCGUGCCAGGGCGACAGCGGCGGCCCCCUGGUCUGCGAGGAUAACAGCCGGUGGUAUGUGGCCGGAGUGACGAGCUGGGGAACUGGCUGUGGCCAGAAGAACAAGCCUGGGGUUUACACUCAAGUUACAGAGCUCCUCAGCUGGAUUCACAGCAAAAUGGAGAGUGAGAGUGACUAAGGACAAGACGGGCGCCUAGUGGGGCUGUGGCUUCUCCUGCUACCAGCUCCAGGUGCAGCGAGAUCCUCUGCGCAGUUCUGCUGCCACAGGGCAAAAUGCCAGUGAUCGCCCUUCGAGCACGGACUGGCCGGAGGACUAUGACUUGGUGCUGCUCUGAAGCCCUGAAAACAUGAUGCCUCCAGAACAUCGAAGUCAAUUCAUGUUGCCAACAACCAAGAUGGGAAAUAUAAGCAGAAUAUCAGGGGAAACGUCCCGGUGGCGAGAACUGUGAGCUGGUGAAAUAUUUUCCCAAGGGAAGUGGCCGAAGCCCCAUGACUUGACAUUUAAAACUGGACUUGACGAAGCACUUGAAAAUAUCCUAUAAGGCACAGUCCUGCAC